CCAAUCCACUCUCACUCAUUUCGACAAACACAAAGCAAGCAGCACUGAGCCAUGGCUUCCUCCUCCUCUCUCACUCUCUCUCAAGCCAUCCUCUCCCGCCCCUCCAUCCCCCGCCAUGGCUCCUCCCAGCAGCUCCACCCCGCCUCCAUCCCCUCUUUCUCCGGCCUCAAAUCCAUCUCCUCCUCCGCCGCCGCCGCGGCCUCCCUCUCCCGCCGCCGCUCCGCCGCCGUGGUCCGCCACCCGGUGAUCGCCUCCGCCGCUGUGGAGACCCUCGAGAAGACCACCGAGACCGAGCUCGUGGAGAAGUCCGUCAACACCAUCCGGUUCCUCUCAAUCGACGCCGUGGAGAAGGCCAAUUCCGGCCACCCCGGUUUGCCGAUGGGAUGCGCUCCGAUGGGCCACAUAUUGUACGAUGAGGUGAUGAGGUACAACCCCAAGAACCCUUACUGGUUCAACCGCGACCGCUUCGUUCUCUCCGCCGGCCACGGAUGCAUGCUGCAGUACGCCCUUCUUCACCUCGCCGGUUACGAUUCCGUCCAGGAAGACGAUUUGAAGAAUUUCAGGCAAUGGGAAAGCAGGACACCUGGUCACCCUGAGAACUUUGAGACACCCGGUGUUGAAGUCACCACUGGGCCACUUGGUCAAGGUAUUGCCAAUGCUGUUGGUCUGGCACUUGCAGAGAAGCACUUGGCUGCGCGAUACAACAAGCCGGAUAACGAGAUAGUUGAUCACUACACGUAUGUUAUCCUUGGUGAUGGGUGUCAAAUGGAGGGUAUCUCGAAUGAAGCCGCCUCCCUUGCUGGUCACUGGGGGCUUGGGAAGUUGAUUGCUUUCUAUGACGACAAUCACAUCUCUAUUGAUGGUGACACUGAGAUUGCUUUCACUGAGAGCGUUGACACUCGCUUUGAGGGUCUUGGCUGGCAUAUAAUCUGGGUGAAGAAUGGUAACACCGGAUAUGAUGAAAUCCGUGCUGCCAUCAAGGAAGCCAAGUCUGUGACGGACAAACCCACUCUGAUUAAGGUUACCACGACCAUUGGCUUUGGCUCCCCCAACAAAGCCAAUUCGUACAGUGUCCAUGGAAGUGCAUUGGGUGCUAAGGAAGUCGAGGCCACAAGACAGAAUCUCGGAUGGCCAUAUGAGCCUUUCCAUGUGCCCGAAGAUGUGAAAAGUCAUUGGAGCCGACACACUCCCGAAGGAGCUGCUUUUGAAGCUGAAUGGAAUGCCAAGUUUGCCGAAUAUGAGAAGAAGUACCCAGAGGAAUCAGCCGAGCUGAAAUCUAUCAUCACCGGUGCCUUACCAGCUGGCUGGGAGAAGGCUCUUCCUACAUACACUCCCGAGAGCCCAGCUGAUGCCACAAGAAAUCUGUCUCAGACAAAUCUCAAUGCUCUUGCAAAGGUUCUCCCUGGCCUGAUUGGUGGCAGUGCUGAUCUCGCCUCGUCCAACAUGACCCUUCUUAAAAUGUUCGGAGACUUCCAGAAGAACACACCAGAAGAGCGUAACGUGAGGUUUGGUGUCCGUGAACAUGGUAUGGGAGCCAUCUGCAACGGAAUUGCCCAUCACAGCCCGGGUUUCAUCCCCUACUGUGCAACUUUCUUUGUGUUCACUGAUUACAUGAGAGCAUCCAUGAGGAUCUCUGCCUUGUCUGAAGCUGGAGUCAUCUACGUCAUGACCCACGAUUCUAUCGGGCUGGGAGAAGAUGGACCCACCCAUCAGCCAAUCGAGCAUUUGGCUAGCUUCCGUGCCAUGCCCAACAUUCUGAUGUUCCGUCCAGCUGAUGGCAACGAGACAGCAGGAGCCUACAAGGUGGCCGUUCUCAACAGGAAGAGACCCUCUGUUCUGGCCCUUUCUCGCCAGAAGCUCCCCCAGCUCUCAGGCACCUCAAUUGAGGGAGUGGAAAAGGGAGGAUACACCAUCUCAGACAACUCGUCUGGCAACAAGCCCGAUGUCAUUCUGAUUGGAACCGGCUCAGAGCUGGAAAUCGCAGCCAAGGCUGCUGAUGAGCUCAGAAAGGAAGGCAAGGCAGUGAGAGUCGUCUCCUUCGUUUCUUGGGAGCUCUUUGACGAGCAAUCUGCUGAGUACAAGGAAAGCGUGCUGCCUGCCGCAGUGACUGCUAGGGUUAGCAUUGAGGCUGGAUCAACUUUUGGGUGGGGCAAGAUCGUUGGCUCCAGUGGAAAGUCCAUUGGAAUUGAUCGGUUUGGGGCUAGUGCACCUGCUGGGAAGAUAUACAAGGAGUUCGGCAUCACAGCAGAAGCUGUUGCAGCCGCAGCCAAAGAGUUGAUCUAAGCUUUCUUCUUUCCAUUCGGAUGUCGUUUGUGGUUUGAUUGAAGCACGUAAAGAGAAAAGGGGCUCGAUUUGGAGCAGCAGAGCUGAGAAUUCCUAAUAAAGAAUACACAAUUCUCUUGUUUUCGUUUUUUGUUCCAUCAAGAUUGAGCUUUUGUAGUCUAAAAUGUGAUCGAGUUAUAUAUAUUGGGCACAAGAAUCUCUUGAAUCUGUAAACUCGAACAUCUUCCUGAUUUUGUACCUUAUUGUUUAUCAGCAAUCAAAAGGCUCUUGUUCCCCAAA